GCGUUCCCUUCGCCCUGAUAACCGCCACGAGAGACCUUUCUACUGCUAGUCUCGCCGCCAACAUCAUCAUCAUCAUCCCUUCCAAUAGCUCUCUCCGACCAGUUCUCACUCACUCCUCGCCUCAAUCUUAUUCCUCCUAUUUCAUCUCCACCGUGGAAUCACCUUCCAUACUACUGAUGCUUCAAGUUUGUUUCGCCUCCGCCUCUUGUUGUCGUCUACUCUGGUGAGUGCAAAGUGGCACGAAAAAAAUGGUGCACACCCAACUGGCCAUGGUAGAAUCUCUAUCUGAGCUCCCUAUUCAAGAUCCACCUGGAGAAGAAUUCUAUUCGGCCAACUUGAAUUGGAUUAAAUUUGGUACUCCUGAACGUUACGACGAUGUAGCUCUUAUACCUUAUGCGAGGGUGGAUGCGUUCAUAAUUGGAGAGUGCUCAAAUAUAGAGUCCCCAACUCGUUUUCAUAUUGAGAGGGGAAGGAAACGGUCCAUGGGCAGCUUGAAGGAAUUCAAGAGUGAUGAAUAUUUGGAGUAUAGACUUUAUUGGUGUUCCUUUGGUCCUGAAAAUUACGGGGAAGGUGGGGGAAUAUUACCAAGUAGGAGAUACCGAUUGAAUACUCGAAACCGAGCUGCCAGACCUCAAUCCAUGAGAGGAUGUAUGUGCCAUUUUGCAGUGAAGCGUCUUUAUGCACGUCCAUCACUUGCAUUAUUAAUAUAUAACGACAAGCGGCAUGUGAACAAGGCAGGUUUUGUAUGUCAUGGGCCUCUUGAUGGAGAUGCCAUUGGUCCUGGUGCCAAGAAAAUUCCUUACAUAUGCAAUGAGAUUCAACAGCAGACUAUGUCCUUGAUCUAUCUUGGCAUUCCGGAGGAAAAUGUAUUGGAAAAGCACAUUGAGGGUUUACAACGGUACUGUGGUUCAUCAGAUGCAAAAGUAAGUAGACUUGCUUCUCAGUAUGUUCAUAAAAUGGGGAUGAUCAUUAAACGAUCUACACAUGAGUUGGAUUUAGAUGAUAAAACUAGCACGCAAAUUUGGAUAGAGAGGAAUAGAAAAUCUAUAUUUUUUCACCAAGAAGGUUCCGACACAGAUUCUUUUAUCUUGGGAAUUCAAACAGACUGGCAGUUGCAACAAAUGGUUCGGUUUGGCCAUCGUAGUCUUUUGGCGUCUGACUCUACAUUCGGGAUAAAGAGACUCAAGUACCCUUUGAGCACGGUUCUUGUGUUUGACUCGAGGCAGCAUGCACUUCCUGUUGCAUGGGUCAUCACUCGGAGCGUUGCCAAGUUAGAUGUAUCGAAAUGGAUGAAAGCACUUGUGGAUCGUGUUCGUGCAGCAGAACCGGGAUGGAAACCAAAUGGUUUCUUAAUCGAUGAUGCUGCAGCAGAGAUAGAACCCAUAAGGGAUGUGUUUUCUUGCCCCAUCCUAUUUUCUCUUUGGCGUAUUCGUCGAUCUUGGCUAAGGAACAUUGUCAAGAGAUGUAAUCACAUUGGUGUUCAAAGGGAGAUAUUUAAACGCCUCGGUAAAAUACUGUACAGCAUUUGGGAUGGAUUCGAUCCCUUUGUUGCAGUUGAAGAACUAACUCAGGAUUUUAUAGAUCAAUCUUCCUUUAUACAAUACUUCAAGGAAUUCUGGGUACCUAAACUUGAGAUGUGGCUUACGACAAUGAAAACACUACCUCUAGCAAGCCAGGAGGCUUCGGGUGCAAUAGAAGCAUACCAUAUAAAGCUAAAAAUGAAACUAUACGACGAUUCUCAUCUAGGCGCACUCCAAAGAGUAGAUUGGUUAGUUCACAAGCUAACAACGGAGUUGCAUUCAAGCUACUGGCUGGACCGAUAUGCAGAUGAAAGUGAUUCAUUCGAAAACAUUAAGGAAGAGUAUUUCGCAUCCACCUCAUGGCAACGAGCAUUACAGAUCCCUGAUUCCUCUAUUACCUUAGACGAGAAAGAUCAUAUUUUCGCUAAGGUGGCAAGUCAAAAGGACAGUAGUCAUCAUCUGGUGUGGAAUCCAGGAUCGGAAUUUGCUUUCUGCGAUUGUUCUUGGUCAAUGCAGGGAAACCUCUGUAAGCAUGUGAUUAAGGUAAACAUGAGAUGUGCGAAACUAGAAGGGUACGAAUCUGCCAUGUCGAAUCAAUCAUUUAAUAAGAUAUUAGUUGAUUUAAUGCGGAAACCUGAGGAUGAUUCGGUCAUGUUGGAUGUUUCGACCGCUUGGACUCAUCAGAUGGUUGAUCAAAUCAGGACACUUGUUGAACUGAAUAAUUCGAAUGAUAUUAGCCGCGUUGUAAAUAGGUUGCUGCCUUUGAAAUGGGUUGAUAAGAAAAGGAGAACGUCGAUUGGGAAGCCACGGUCUAGUUUAGUCUCAAAGGGCGAGAGUAGUAAUAAGAACGACGGUGGUGGUGGUGUACGAAAAAGGUGUCGCAAGAGAAAGAGAUUGUCGCAAUUGUGAUGACUACUACAUGUUUUUUGUAU